CGCACUUUAUAAUUAUAGACACCCACAGCGGCCGUCAUUCCACCCCACACACGGUAGGUACGGCCCCAGAAGACGGCAUGCACACGAGUGGCACGGACGUCCCCGACCACGCACUGUAUGUAUAUGUACAACCAAGGCGACAAUCAGCCCACCCAGUGAGUGCCACCCGUCGGCAUGUGUGCUGUGCACCCACCCACCAAAACACAUGCAUCGCAUCCCAGCAUCCACCCACCCUUCCACUCAUUCAUCUUCCUCUUUCACCCGCACCAGCUCUGCACCCUCUGUCUUGACUGCAGCAGGAGCAGCAGCGCCAGCUCCACUUGCUGGCGGCCCAUCGUCGUCUUUCAGCAUUGCCGGCUGAGAGGUGCUGCCUUCCAGCUGGGGUGGCGUGGUGCCGCGGUGGAUGAGAGGCUGCAGGGGGCAGGAUCCUGAGGAUUCCUUCUGCAGACGGCCAUUCUUGGCGCACGAGACGCAGCACUGAACAGAACAAGGGAACCACCACACACACAUACACUACACGCCUGUCUGUGCGGUGCGCGCGGAGGGAAAUGCUCAUUCACCUUGCCGUGUUCCACCAAGAGAAGGUGCAGCGAGUGCUUGAUGUCGUCAGGCACCCUGGUUAACCGGGUCACACACAAACAUGAACACAUGAUCUUAGGCUCGCAGUGUCAUACACACAACUGACUGACCUGCGAUUGAGAUGUUGGUACGCCUGUAUGCGCGUUGCGGCCUGCGGCACCCAAUGCAGCCGCUGCGCGAUAUGGAGCACGUGAGUGUCCACGGGAAACUCCGAACGACCUGGAAAAGGGAGAUCAACCAGCAGCUAUAGCUAUGGGCCAUGUGCAUGGGCCUACCCAGUCCGAACAUCAUGACACACGCGACUGUCUUGGGACCUACGCCAUUGUACCUGACCAAUCAGCAUACAAGCACUUGUGUAGCUCCAUUGCUGGCCGCUCAUUCCGUUGCUGUAUACCUCAGGAGCGCCGGCUUGACCUGUUCGUCGGCCACACCCCUCAAAUGCUCCAGCGACGGCUCGCCAGAUACCUGAACAACACGCCAAGUUGGGAGAUAGAUGGCGGCUGCUGCUGCUGCUUGCCUCGCUCACCACAUGUCCCUCAUCGACUACAGAUUGCAGAAUCGCCUGGAUGCGCUUCACCUGGAAGGAAUAGCAACAGCCAUCCCCCUGUAAGUGUGCUGACGCCCUUGCUUCUCGCGUAUCCACCUUGGUGUGGGCCAGGCCGCCCUUCUGUAUGGUGGCCUCGACGUCUGCAGCGGGGGCAUCGAGCACCGCCCGCCACGUGGGGAAGGCAGCCUGAAUGACAGAUAAGCCAGCUGGCGGUGAGAUCAGCUGCAGAUGGAUGGAUCGGUCACAGCAAGUGAUGCUGACCUUCAAACUCUGGAAUGUCUGCUUCGAUAGCUUGUCGGUGGUGUUCUGCGAGAGCAUCACACUCACCAGCAUGUCCAGCACACUGCAGUCCUGAAACGCACUCACACACGCCACAAGACACACAGGCAGGUGUUUCCAUUGGUGUGGUGUGGGGUGGCAUCUCACCCUUCCCUUGACGCGGUCGCCGCCAUGCAGAUCCCGGAGCGCCCUCUCGACGGCGUAGCACUCGUCGGCAGAAGGCCGCCGAAGAUUCGGAUACGGCUCCGCAGCCACCAUCUCGCCACUGCCCUCAUCAGCACUGACCGCCACCAUCUCAUCCUGACCCGCUCCUUCCUCGACUUGAACUAAUGCUUUCUCGUCCUCACUCUUGACGGCCUUCUCGUGCUUGCGCACCCUUUUGUGGCCGUGAACGCCGCUGCUGUCAUCAUGUUCUCGUUUGACGCUGAUCUUCUUGCUAUCUUGCUCCUCGCUCUUUGCCUGGCGGGCGCCCCGCGCCGAGCGUCGCAGAUCCAUCAGUCACCUCAUCGCCCC